GACUUACUCUGAAUCAUUCUAUUCCAGCUAAUCAUGUGGGUUGUGAAGGAAGAAAUUUCAGAUGACAAUGCCAAGUUACCGUGUUUCAAUGGAAGAGUAGUCUCAUGGCUGGUCCUGGCUGAAGGCUCAGCAUCUGAUGGCGGCUCACAGUGUGCAGACAGUAUGUCAGAGUUACCACCCCCCAUUGAGAGGACUGGCGGCAUCGGCGACUCCAGGCCACCAUCCUUCCAUGCUAACACUGCUGGUAGUCGGGAUGGACUGGACAAUGAAACAGGAGCAGAAUCAAUCUUGAGCAUCAGGCGGGAGCGGGAUCGACAUCGGCGAAGGAACCGAGAACGUGAGGUGCAUGACGAUGUUCCACGAGUAAAUGGACACACUAAAACAGAUCGGCAUCGGAAUGCAGGUGGCUAUGAGAGUGCUUCCACAGUGAUGAGCAGCGAGCUGGACUCGAGCAGCUUCAUUGACUCAGAUGAUGACAACACUAGCAGGUUAAGUAGCUCAGUGGAGCAGAGUGCUUCCUCUCAGCUCAUGAGGAGACACAAACGCAGGAGGCGGAGACAUCGUAUGAAACAGAUGGACAGGUCCUCAUCGUUGAGCAGCAUCACAGAUUCCACUAUGUCCCUCAAUAUUAUCACUGUGACACUCAACAUGGAGAAAUACAAUUUCUUGGGGAUCAGUAUCGUGGGUCAAAGUAAUGAUCGGGGAGAUGGUGGGAUAUAUAUCGGGUCAAUAAUGAAGGGAGGAGCAGUGGCAGCUGAUGGCAGAAUUGAGCCUGGUGACAUGCUUCUACAGGUCAAUGAUGUCAAUUUCGAAAACAUGAGCAAUGACGAUGCUGUGAGAAUUCUUCGGGAAAUUGUCUCGAAACCAGGACCCAUCAGUUUAACAGUAGCCAAGUGUUGGGACCCCACCCCGAGGAGCUAUUUUACCAUCCCCAGGACAGAACCAGUGAGACCCAUCGACCCAGCGGCCUGGAUAUCUCAUACCACUGCUAUGACGGGAACUUUUCCCCGCUAUGGUAUGAGCCCCACCACCAGUGCCAUCACUUCCACCAGCUCUUCACUAACCAGCUCUGUCCCAGAUUCAGAAAAGUAUGAGGAUACUCCACUCACAGUUAAGAGUGACAUGCCUGUUAUUGUCAAGGCCAUGCAGUUGUCUGACUCGGGAUUAGAGAUCCGUAACCGACUGUGGCUAAAGAUCACCAUUUCAAAUGCUGUCAUCGGAGCGGAUGUGGUCGAUUGGCUUUACUCACAUGUGCAAGGCUUUAAAGAUCGUCGUGAAGCAAGGAAGUACGCCAGCAGCAUGCUGAAACAUGGCUAUCUAAGGCACACAGUGAACAAGAUUACCUUCUCCGAGCAGUGUUAUUACAUCUUUGGUGACCUGUCUACCAAUUUGGCUGGCCUGAGCUUAAAUGAAGGCUCCAGUGGAACAUCAGAGCAAGACAUCCUUGCACCUCUUCCACAUCCAAAUUGUCCCUGGCCACUGACUCAGGGCUUCCCUUAUCAGUAUCCACUGCCUCAUCCGUAUUACUCGUCCACUUGCCAAGAUCCUGCUUUGACCUAUGGAAAUGGCAGCACCGGGAGUCAGCAGAGUGAAGGAAGCAAGAGCAGUGGAUCGAAUCGGAGCAUGGGUGAGAGGAAGGGCUCAGCGGGGAAGGAAAAGGAGCAGAAAGCAGACUCCAAGUCGGUGGGUAAUGGAAGUGAGCCAGACCGUACCACUGGGAACAGCGUGCAGUGCGAACGACCAGCAAGCCAGCUCAGUCACCAUAGCUACUGCUCUCAUGGACCUCCAGGGAUUCCUCCUGUUUACCAGCUGCCCACGGUCAUGGUAACAAGCGGACCUCCUGGAGCUCCUCCUGUCCGGGAUCUAGCAGCAGUCCCUCCCGAGCUGACCGGCAGCCGGCAAUCCUUCCAAAAGGCCAUGGGUAACCCCUGCGAAUUCUUUAUUGACAUUAUGUGACAUCACCAGCCUUCUGCACUAAACAACACUAAAGUCUUUGCACAAAACAAUGCUUGUGUCUCACUCCUGGUGUCACAGGAACCUCAGGCUUCUGAGUCUAACCAUAGUUCUCUUUGUUAUCUGUCCUCCAUUAAUAACAACUUUAAGUGUAUUGGUUUUGGUAAAUAUUGGUGCCAAGGACAGCUUUGUGUAAGUGUAUUCCACAUUUCAGCGUAAUCAGCACCUGAUUUUAAAGGGAUGUUGAAGACGUUUUGACAUAGCUGGAUGAUUAUCCCAGAUAAGAAUUUCAUGUGGUCCUCUCAACAUCACUCAUCUGCUGUUGUGAUGGGUGCAUCUUGGUUUUGUCAUUGUGGAUCAUCUAACCCUUUUAGCAAGCACUGUUUUGUUUUACAGAGAUGACUGAGCACAAAGGGAUGUGAUUCCAUUCCCAGCUCAGUGACGCACAAGUUGGUAGCCUUUCAAGAAUUGUUUUCCCUUGAAGCAUUAAGAAAGUUUCAACUGCAUCUCCAAACAUUCAAACAGCUGUUUCGCUCUGUAGCUUAAUCCCCUGAACAACAGGAAGUUGGACACGCUACCUGUGUAUACCAUGUUUUUGAUAUGUCUAGUUUGGGCACUUCUGUUCUGGUUGUUGCUGAACAAUGUAACUGGAUCAAUCAAGGUUCCAUCGUCAGUCAUUUCUGAAAGUUUCACAGUUUGAUUGGAACAGCUACUUAUACAUAAUGCUUUCCUUUGGUUCAGUCAGUGUUGAGACCUUUUGCAUCUAGCCUGCAUUCAUAAGGACAUGAAUUGGAUUAUGUUUUAUUUCCCAGUUUUCACAUCUGUAAUGGAGAUGCUAACUCUCAAGGGAACGCAGGUUUUAUGGGCCCCAUCUGAUCGAUAACCAUGUGCAAGUGGCCAUCAUUCACAUGCAAUAGAGUGUCAGUAGAUCAUUCAAAUGAGAUUGCCCUGCUGUCUGCUCUGUGGGACUCCUCGUUCUAUGCUGGGUGUCAUCUGUCCACUCCUGUUUCUCUCCACCUUCUCUUUUUCUUUACUCUGAGCAGUUCAGAGGCUGGGAAUUCUGCAAUGAGUAACUGGUGUCCUCACUCCCCAGAGCCCUAUUCACCAUCUACAAGGCUCAAGUCAGGAAUGUGAUGGAAUGCUUUCGAUUUACCUUGAUGGGUGUAGCUCUAGUAAAACACUUUAGAAGCUCAAAAACAUCCAGGACGAUGCAGCCUGUUUGGCGUCCCAUCCAAUACUUUGAAUAUUCACGUCCACAAGUGCACAGUAGUAGCGGUGUGCACCAUCUACAAGGUACACUGCAGCACCUCACCAAAGGCCCUUCAACGUGGCCUUCCAAACACCCAACUUCUGAGAAGAACAAGGGCAACAGAUGCAUGGGAACACCAAACUUGCAAGUACCCCUCCAAACCACACACCAUGCUUACUUGGAACAACAUCACAGUUCCUUAACCAUUGCUCAGUCAAAAUCCUAGAACUGCGAACAGCACUGUAGGUGUACCUACACCACAUGACUGCAGUGCUUCAAGGGUAGUUAAAGUUUAUUUUUUAAUUCAUUCACAGGAUGAAGCUAUCACUGGCUAGGCUCGCAUUUAUUGGUCAUCCCUAAUUGCCCAGGGCAAUUAAGAAUCAGCCACAUUGCUGUGGAUCUGGAGUCAUAUGUAGGCCAAACCAGGUAAAGAUGGCAGUUUCCUUCCCUCAAGGUCAUUCAUGAACCAGAUAGGCUUUUCCUCAACAAUCGACAAUGGAUUCAUGGUCAUUGUUAGACUCUUAAUUCCAAUUUUUUUUUAAAAAAAAUUAUUGAAUCCAAAUUCCACCAUCUGCCAUGGUAGGGUUCGAACCUAGGUCCCCAGGACAUUACCUAGGUCUCUGAAUUAACAGUCUAUUGAUAAUAUCAGUAGGUCAUCACCUCCCCAUCCAUGGAUGAGCAAGAAAUGCCAUCGAUGCCCGCAUCCCCUGAAGAAUUAAAAUUUCAGAUUGUGUUUCUGUCGUUUUUGUGAGUCUGUAAUUGCAAUUAAAAUCCAUCCCCAGCAAAGUUGACGAGAAAGGCUUCAAAAUCUUUCUGCAUGGGGCCAGGAGAAUUGAAGAUGAUUUGUGUUGCCCAAGGACCACCCCAAUUUUCUGCUACCCCUGUAACCCCUCUCAAAUAACUAGCCACACAACAAGCCUGAUACUACCUGCCCCACUCUCAGUCUUACCUUAGGUAAAAUGUCAGACUUAUUCCAGACAUGUUAUUGCCCUCUGAUCCAGACGGGAAUAUAAUGGAAUAUUCUCCACUGUGCAACAUAUGCAAGUUUGCCCGAAAGCUGGAACUAAAUGUGAACAAUAAACUAAAAGAAUAGACGUCCAACAGACUGCUGGAUGUCUAAUGUGAAGUGACAAUUUCCUUCCAUUUAGAGAUUGAAGAAAUGGUAGCUUGUGGAGAAUCAGAUUUGAUUCCACCAGAACUAAUUGCAAUCCUUAGAGCACAGGAAUGAGCAGGGCACUGGAUUAAGCUAACUAAGCAUUGUGUGUGCCUCCAUUCUUUAACAUACAUGAGGAGUAUUCCUCAGAACAGAGAGUGAGGACACUGUUAUAUUUGUGCUGGUACCAAAAAUUCCAGGAUUCUGCAAGAUGCUUUGGAGAGAAGUUAAGCAGCUCACUCAAAAAGGAUUUUCAAUUGUAGCUUUUCAUCAAAUAUUACUAUAUCUGGGGCCAUCUUGUGGACACUUUGAGGAAUAACAGGUGCUGCACAAAGUCAGCUGUGCGCAAAACACACUCUUUGAAUGUUGGCACAAGUUGGUCCAGCAUUUGGACUGCACUCAGCUGGAUUGAAAUAAUAAAACUAAUUGAAAUUUACAAGAAAGUUUAAGAAUGCUAAUCAGAAUUAUGAGAAAAUGUAAAAAGAAAUGUACAGUAGGAAAUUAAAUUUUAUUAAAUUAAUUAUUAAAGCUAUUCUAUAGAUUAAACUCGUUGAAAGAAGUUCAGUCCAGACUGCAGAUCAAUUGGCAGCUGGAGGCUGUCAUUGUGUGUAACAGUGUUGUAGAUAUUGCGUUCUGAUUCUGUGUCUCUAUAGUUAAUAUAUCGCUGCCUCCAUGUAAAAGCUAUUUUAAAAACUAAAAAAAUUUACAUUUC